AUGGCCGAGAUCAUGAAGAGCAUCGAUGGCUAUGAUGCUGUCGAUUGUGAAGAGUUUGAGAAGUUGUUCCCGAAUCGUCGAGCAACAUUGGACCUAAUGGCACCGAUGCCACUUCUACCGGGACCACCACAAUUCCGACGGGUUAUUCAUCGCGGUAAUCUGAAAAUCAGGGAAAGUCGGCAGGGACCAAAGGUUGAAAUGCAUUGUUUACUGUUUACGGACAUGCUGCUGCUCUGCAAAACUUCUAAUAAACGUACCGACAAAGGCCUUCGAGUGGCUCGACCACCGAUUCACAUUGCUCACAUGAUUUAUCAUCCCUUCAAUGAUGCCAGUGAGUUUGCUAGCAAUGAUUGCAUCCUCAGUUAA